CAAGGUUGAAGCAAAUUAAGCCUUUUGCAUUUCCACACUUCAACUUGGGUGACCUAUCAUGGCCUUCAUGCUUCCAAAGUUCAUCGCCAUUCAAACAACUAGUUAUCCUGAUAGAGGACAUUUUUACUACAACGAAAGACAAAGUUCAGUAAAUCUUGGACAGGAGAAUGUGUUCAGCGCACUCGUGAAGAUUGAAGUCGAACGAGCAACAAGCAACACUAACUACGUUCACCUCCGAUUCAGUAAUUCCAACCGGUAUUGGUCACUGAGAGCGAACAACAACGUCAUCAUUGCUGAAUCGAAGCAGCCCGUGGAAGACACAACGGAGCCUUCAUGCACGUUGUUCCAGCCGGUGCAGGCGGCUGGUGAGGAGGCAGGUGUUUUUUACUUGAAACAUGUUCCGACUGGUGGGCGUCUGUUGGUAGAUAACACGAACUGGGGCGUUUACGUGGAGGUAAACGUCCCAGAUUCGUACGGCCAUCUAACUUAUGUGGAUUUGAGUACAUUGGGGAUCGUGGCCUUCAUGCUUCCAAAGUCUAUCGCUAUUAAAACAACUAGUUAUCCAGAUAGAGGGCAUUUAUACUACAACGAAAGACAAAGUUCAGUAAAUCUUGGGGAGGAGAAUGUGUUUAGCACACUCGUGAAGAUCGAAGUUGAACGAGCAACAAGCAACACUAACUACGUUCACCUCCGAUUCAGUAAUUCCAACAGGUAUUGGUCGCUGAGAACGAAUAGCAGCGUCAUCGUUGCUGAAUUGACGCAGCCCGUGGAAGACACAAUGGAGCCUUCAUGCACGUUGUUCCAGCCGGUUCAGGCAGCUGGUGAGGCAGCAGGUGUUUUCUACUUGAAUCACGUUCCGACUGGUGGGCGUCUAUUGGUAGAUAACACGAACUGGGGCGUUUACGUGGAGGUAAACGUCCCAGAUUCAUACGGCCAUCUAACUUAUGUGGAUUGGAGUACAUUGGGGAUCGUGGCCUUCAUGCUUCCAAAGUCCAUCGCUAUUAAAACAACUAGUUAUCCUGAUAGAGGGCAUUUAUACUACAAUGAAAGACAAAGUUCAGUAAAUCUUGGGGAGGAGAAUGUGUUUAGCACACUCGUGAAGAUCGAAGUCGAACGAGCAACAAGCAACUCUAACUAUGUUCACCUCCGAUUCAGUAAUUCCAACAGGUAUUGGUCGCUCAGAACGAACAACAAUGUCAUCGUUGCUGAAUCGAAGCAGCCUGUGGAAGACACAACGGAUCCUUCAUGCACGUUGUUCCAGCCGGUUCAGGUGGCUGGUGAGGAGGCAGAUGUUUUUUACUUGAAUCACGUUCCGACUGGUGGGCGUUUGUUGGUAGAUAACACGAACUGGGGCGUUUACGUGGAGGUAAACGUCCCAGAUUCAUACGGCCAUCUAACUUAUGUGGAUUUGAGUACAUUGGGGAUCGUGGCCUUCAUGCUUCCAAAGUUCAUCACUAUUAAAACAACUAGUUAUCCUGAUAGAGGGCAUUUGUACUACAACGAAAGACAAAGUUUGGUGAAUCUUGGGGAGGAGAAUGUGUCUAGCACACUGGUGAAGAUCGAAGUCGAACGAGCAACAAGCAACACUAACUACGUUCACCUCCGAUUCAGUAAUUCCAACAGGUAUUGGUCGCGUAGAGCGAAUAGCACUGUCAUCGUUGCUGAAUCGAAGCAGCCCGUGGAAGACAGAACGGAUCCUUCUUGCACGUUGUUCCAACCGGUUCAGGCGGCUGGUGAGGUGGCAGGUGUUUUUUACUUGAAUCAUGUUCCAACUGGUGGGCGUCUGUUGGUAGAUAACACGAACUGGGGCGUUUACGUGGAGGUAAACGUCCCAGAUUCGUACGGCCAUCUAACUUAUGUUGAUUGGAGUACAUUGGUGAAACUGCCUGCCCACGUGGCUUUCAAAGGCGAUAACAACAGUUUCCUUAGGGGAGUGUCCCAGGAUGGGUACAACUACCUACAGUUCUCAUCGAAUGAUCCUAACGAGUUGGCAUCCGGCCACCGGGUGUCGUUCAUGUCGGACGGACAUGUCCGGAUAACAUCGGAUCACUUUUCGGGCCUGUUCUGGAGGCGCAGUCCAAACUGGAUAUGGGCCGAUGCGAAUAAUCAGUCGUCUCUCUCCAACCGCGACACUCACUUCUGGCCGGUCAAAGUAGACGACAACACCAUUGCACUCCGCAACGCGGGCAAUGGCCAAUACUGCAAACGUCUGACCGACGAAGGGAAGACCAGCAUGUUAAAUGCGGCCGUCGGCACCAUCACCAAGGAAGCCAGACUGGUGGUGCAAGAGCUCGUGUCCAGUAGAAAGAUCUACAACGUCAGAUAUCGGAUGGAUAACGCCAGGAUAUUCGACGAGAUGCCUUAUCUGGCAGGCACAUCCGUGGUUACUAACUCCAGCGACCAGGAUGCUUCUAUGACUGUUCUGAUUACUUAUGAAGACGAGAAAUCUUAUACUUUUAGCCGUAGCACGUCUUUAACUGCAGGGGUGGAAACCAGCUUCAGCGCUGGCGUUCCCUUCAUUGCGGAAGGAACGAUCACUCUCAUUCGAGAUAAGCAAAACUCUCCAGUGGGACACCACCACAACUACUACCACAACAGUUACUGCUUCGGGCUCUGUUCCCGUGCCUGGGAGGACUACGGCUAUCAUUGAGUAUGUCGGGACUAAGGGCACUUGCGAUAUUCCUUAUUAUUACACGCAGCAAGACAGGAACUCCACCAAUGGCCAGAUUUCUUACACUGAGCAGGUUGAUGGUGUUUACAAAGGCGUCAGUUGUCACAACUUCAACUUUGUUAUCCGAUCCACUCAGCGCCUCGCCUGAGCAUCCCGUCCCGUUUUUCCCAAUCAUCAUUAACCAUCAUCAAGCUGACAAGUACUGAGACUAUCAGCAGUAUUUAAUUAAUAAGAUUGGGUCAAAUAUUGUUGUUUGUGUUGCCAAUUGAAACCAAAAAAAUAUAAUAUAACUAUCCCACGGCAGCGUACAAGGAGAAAAUCUUCCAACAUGAAUAUCUCUGUGAAUCCUCAAUCUUCCAAAUGAACAAACUACUUUUGAGCGUGGCUUGGAGUUCUUAAAGGAACGUAAAUCCUUGAUCAA